AUGUCAGUCAGUAGUGGUACUAAUUCGGACAUUGCAGUUCUGUUUGAAUCGGGUUCGGAUAACGAAAACGACGCCGAAUGUGUGAACUACAGUGAACAUUUUGUCACGGACACGGUCUUUCCAACGUUCGAAUCUGCCGCUGACUGGGCGGAUGCUGUUGCCCUAAAUCUGGGAUUUGUCCUUGUUAAAGCAUCUUAUUGCAAAAAUAGAGAUGGUAGGCCUUACCGGUAUUUGAGGUGUGAUAGGGGACGAAAGAGUCAGCCGAGGGAUCUCGAGAAUGCAGUUCGGAGGGACACAAAAACGAAAGCUAUUGGUUGUCCGUUCUACAUCAAGAUUUACUACGUGCUUGUUACCGAUAGUUGGAGGAUCCGGGCAAAAAACGACGCAACUGGGACCCAUAAUCACCCAACUAUUGUUUAUCCGGAGGGUCACCGUAAGAUUAGUGGCCUGAGUCCGGAUGCAAAGAAGGUUGUCCGCGACUUGACGAAGUCGAAGGUUGCGCCGCGUAACAUCAUGGCGACCAUUGCAGAGCAAUUUCCCGGUGAUCAUCCAAACAUCCGGCAUAUUUACAAUUGCCGGAAUGACUUGAGGGCAGAGAUGUCCGACGGGAGAGGAGUGGUCCAACAGUUUCUUCAUCUGGCGAGAGAAAGCAAGUAUCUGUUCUGGGUCAAGGCCGAUGAGGAAGGCGUUCUCCAACAUGCGUUUAUGGUUCACCCUGUAACGGUGAACAUACUACGCACGUACCCGCAUGUGAUCGGCAUGGAUUCUACGUACAAGACCAACCGGUACGGGAUGUCGUUCUUUGAGAUAGUUGGCGUCACACCCACAAAUCAGAAUUUCCUAGUGGGUUACGUGUUCAUGCGCAACGAGUGCACGGAUAGCUACCGGUGGGUUCUACAGAGAUUGAGAGAGCUGAUAGGGUAUGAUAAGGAGCCGUUGGUGUUUUUGACGCACCGUGAGCUCGGUCUUUGUGCUGCAUUGAGAGAGGUGUUUCCUGGGACGGCGCAUUUUCUGUGUCGUUAG